AUGGGCAGUUGUCGUGGUAAGGUGGUUGAGGUUGUGCCGCAGAUCCUCGCUUGUACCCUGUCCGAGACAUCAAGACCUCCAGAACCCUGGUCGGCUCAACGGUUACCAGGGCAGGGCUGCCAGAACAUGACACGGUGCGCAGCGAGCUGUGUGGGCGAAUCAGCUGGUGCAUCGACAUCCACCAUUGCGACAUGCGGUAUGAAUGACCUCUACACUAUAUGGUUCCAGAAGGGCGUGGUGAACAAUACUCAAAUUCGGAUUGCGGGUCUGGGAAACGAGACCCUCAAGACUGACUGUCAGUUAUCGUCACAGAUCCAUCGUGGUGAGCGUGGCAAACGACCGCCUUGCGACUCACCAUUGUCCCGCAGCCGCCGUGUACCUACAAUUUGGACAGGGAAUCACCCCAAAGCAAGCAGACAUGGAGAUUGGUUCGCUGGUCUCGAGACACAAACUAGUGCAUGA